AAUCACACUGUCGGAGUACAAGCUGAAAGAUAAGGACUUAAAUAAAACAUUUUUUUCUGAUAAAAAUGAGGUCAUUUACAAAUUGGAAGGUGUAGCUAUGGUUGAUGACAAAGGUUUACCGGAUCUAUUAAUUUAUUUGGGCACUCUGGAAAAGCUAUCUGAUGAAUGGAAGGAAAUAACUUUCACUACUUUCGAUCUAAAUCUUUUCAUGAAAAUUUUCAAACAAAAAGAUAAAGAAGGUGUUGAAGGCGAAGGUGAGGCAGACGGCCUUCUUACCCACGAUAAAUUAGUGAGUCUAAUUCACGACAAUUUAAUCCUAGAACCUAAAUUCGUGGAGAAUAUAAUGAAUGAAUUUAAAGAUGCAGAUUCAAUUAACGCACUAAUGUUCUUGGCGACAAUAUUAAAGCAUAAACCAGAAGGUAAAGGUCUUGACAUAAUACAGCUAAGAAAAUGCUCAGCUUUGUAUAAAUCGUUUUCCGUUCAUCUUUCUACUGAUAGCCUAGUAGACUUAUUUCUGUCGUUACAAAUUGUUUCCGAAGACUAUGUUGGGCUACUAUAUGAGAUAGAACACGUCCGCAAGUUUACAUUUAUAUUACUUUGA